UGUCAACAAAGCGUCGCCUGACAGCUGAUGAGACGCCCCUCGACUCCGCUACGCCGAACAUGGACCGAAAUUCCGUAGUCACGCCAAAUGUGGACCUGUCAAAGGUGGAGGCCAUAAACCAGAAAAGGACUUUGGCAUUCAUCAACCACUGGGUACUCCACACAGUCGCUUUCCUUAACCAGUUCUCGUCCAUCUGUGAGGAACGUCUUGUAUCACUGGACACCAAGCUGCGAAGAGCAGAUCAUUCUCUGGCCAUACUUGAGGCAAAGCUGAGCUCCGUCCCAGGCCUGGAGGGCGUGGUGGCGGAGGCCGUCGCGUCGCCAGCAGGGCCGCCCUCCACCGCAGACGCAGCAGGAGCCACAGAGGAGCGCCAGGCUGCCCCGGAUGCCACGGCCUCCCCCCCGGCAACACAGCCCGAAGGAGCCCAGCAGAACGCGGUGGAGUCCCCAGAGGCCGAUCCUGCUCCUGCUGCCCCGGCCGUGUCGGCGACGCCCGUGAGCAAGGAUCCGAGAUACGUGCCGUACUUCAAGAUGCUGGCCGUGGGCGUCCCGAGGCCAGCCGUGGAGAUGAAGAUGUCGCGGGAAGGGAUCGACCCGUCGCUGCUGGACGACCCGGACGCCCCUGCCCCUCCCGCCGGCGACGCGGCAGACGAGGACUCCGACUCCAGCUCAGUCUCGUCGUGGAGUGACUGAAACUUAGGAGCGCUCUGAUGACGAUGGCGCUGAAGAGGGACGUGGCUCGCUGGAUGACCUUGACCGUUUGGGAUUUCAGGGGCAGAGGAUGUAUGGGUCCGGGGAUUUUGCCAGUAUUGCCAUCUGUUAGUGGGGAUGCUUCAGAUUCCCUUUUUUUUUUUUUUUUUUUUUUUACACAUAAAAGGGACAAAAUUGUUUUAGGUGUGUUUUUGUGUGUGUGUGUGUGUGUGUGUGUGUGUGUGUGUGUGUGUGUGUGUGUGUGUGUGUGUGUGUGUGUGUGUGUGUGUGUGUGUUUACGUAUGCAUAUAUGCAUGUAUGUACGUAUGUUCGUAUGAUUUUUCUGGUCUAGUGAUAACCAUCAAAUAGCUAUAAUCUUGUACUGGGAUUAGUAUUACUCUGUAAAUAGAGUGAAAGUUUCAGGAAGCUAAAUUACUCUUUGAAAUGUUUGUUUUUUACACAGUCUGUACUGUGUGUUGCAUACAAUAUAUUUCCCCUCAAGAGGAGCUGUUUCACGUUAUAAGUUUCAUUAGCCAUUGAGGAAAUGAUUGAUACAUGAUUGACCAAGAACAGUUUGUCAGAGAAGUUAAAACUACAUAAAUUAUUUAAAAUGUUGAUACUAAUUUAGAGCUUGUCAUUACUGUAACAGUUAAAACAUGAUGUGCCAAUUAUGACAAUAGAAAGGAAAUAUGAUAGAACAUGAUGGGUAAUGAAAAUGUAUGUAGAAUUCCCAUGGAAUUCCUCACUUUAAGAAUUCUGAAAAGUUGAUUUUGAAUUUUGUAUAUUUGAUUUGGUCAGCAUUACAAUGAAGAUUAAAAUGAUGUGAAAUAUGAACUGACAAUGCCUAUUAAUAGUCUGUGAUAAAAUGUGCUGUGUUGACCAAUCUUGUCUGUUCUAAAGUCACAAAAUAUAUGUUUCAUUGUUGUAAAUA